AUGUCGGAGGACGAUGACUCGACGCAGCCGGUGGAAGCGCCCGAUCUCAAGAUCCUGGGCGACUCGGUGACGUUCCAGCCGAGCGGGGUCGAGGCGACAGAGGGCCCAGACGGCCACAAGCAGACGGAAGAGGCGCUGAUGAAGCGGAUGCACAGCUUCCGGGCAGAGCCGCUGCAGUUUCUGCGGCAGGUGUCGCUGUACGUCUCCGGGACGGGCUGGCGGGCAUACGACAACGUGAUCGGGCAGCCGAUCUUUUAUGCGGGCUUCUCGGAGCACAUGAAGGGCAUGGUGCUGUCGGCGCCGCUGCUGCAGCGCAAGAUCGGCGAGCUGGCCGAGCAGGCAGUAGCGCGCGAGGCGGCCGCAGGUGGCUGGCGGCCAGAACAGCAGGCAGGCCGACGUGAGCAGCGCCAGGCCCAGGUCGAGGGCUGGCUGCGCGAUGUGGCCGCACAGUGGACGGACGGGAUGAUCUGCAAGUUUGAGAGCAAGACGUUCAUCCGCGGCGCCUACUAUCUGGUCACGCAGCUGCUGACGCGGGCCUACCACCAGGGCAUCCACGUGGCCAGCGAGGACGUUGUGAUGCUGCGGGCCGUGGCCGAACAGGCCAGCCGUGCCGGCCAGAGCAUCCUCUUUCUGCCGUGCCACCGCUCGCACGUUGAUUACGUCAGCCUGCAGCUGAUCUGCUAUCGUCUCGGCAUCGCCAUGCCUGUCGUCGUCGCGGGCGACAACCUCAACUUUCCGCUCGUCGGCAGCUUCCUGCAGCAUGCCGGCGCCAUGUACAUCCGUCGCGCCUUUGGCGACGACCAGCUCUACGCCACCCUCGUCCAGGCCUACGUCGAUGCCCUCCUGCGCGGCGGCUACAACCUGGAGUGCUUCAUCGAGGGCGGCCGUUCGCGCACCGGCAAGCUGCUGCCGCCCAAGUUCGGCAUCCUCAGCUUCGUGCUCGACAGCCUGCUGUCCGGCCGCGUCCACGACGCCAUCGUCAUCCCCGUCAGCACCCAGUACGACAAGGUCAUUGAGACCGAGGGCUACGUCACCGAGCUGCUCGGCACCCCCAAAAAGGCCGAGAACCUGGCCGACUUUAUCGCCGGCGGCUCCAACGUCCUCUCGCUCCGCCUCGGCCGCGUCGACGUCCGCUUUCACGCUCCCUGGAGCCUGCGCGCCUUUGUCGAUGAGCAGCUGGCUGUCCGGACGGCGUCACGUGACACGCCCCCCGACACAUCGCCUGCCAUCCGCCAGCAGCUUCUGCGCACCCUCGGCUACCGCGUCCUCAAGCACAUCAACGACGUGUCCGUGGUGAUGCCGACUGCGCUCGUCGGCACCGUGCUGCUGACUCUGCGCGGCCGUGGCGUCGGCAAGGCCGAGAUGGUCCGCCGCGUGCGCUGGCUCAGCGGCCGGAUCCGGGCCAAAGGCGGUCGCGUUGCCCACGUCGAGGCGGCUGCCCUGCCGGACGUCGUCGACCGCGCGCUCGAGGUGCUCGGUCGUGACCUCGUCGGCGAGCUCGACGACCUCGCCGAGCCCGUCUACUACGCCGUCGACCGCUUCCAGCUGUCGUUUUACCGCAACAUGACCAUCCAUCUGUUCGUGUCCGAGGCCCUCGUCAGCGCCGCCCUCUACACCCGCGUCAAGCAGGGCGGCGGCCCUGCACAGCAGGACAUCACCUAUGCCGACCUGCAUAGCCAGGUCCUCUUCCUCUCCUCCCUCUUCCGCGGCGAGUUCAUCUUCGCCUCCGAGGGCCUCGAUGUCAACCUCGACCGCACCCUGCGCGGGCUCGCUGCCGACGGCGUCAUCCACCUGGCCGAGACCACCGACGAGACUACCGGCACCAGGAGCAUUGCCAUGGUCGGCCUGUCCGACCAGGAACGUGCCAUCGGCCGCGAGAACUACGACUUUUACUGCUUCCUCAUCUGGCCCUUUAUCGAGGCUAGCUGGCUCGCCGCCGUCUCGCUCAUGGGCCUCACCCCGCCGCCCGGCCUGCAUGAUGAUGUCUGGAUCGAGGUGGCCAAGGCCCAAAACAGCGCACAAUUUCUCGGCAAAACUCUCUAUCACGAGGGCGACCUCAGCUACUUUGAGGCCGUCAACAAGGAGACGCUCAAGAACGCGUACCAGCGCUUCCACGAGGAGGGCAUCCUGCGUCUUGUCCGUUCCAAAGACGCCAAGAACACGCCGCCGCGUCUGCAGCUCGCCCCCGAAUGGCGGCCGCAGCGCGAUCCCACCACCGGUGCCCUCGUGCCCGCUGGCCGCCUCUGGGACUUUACCGCCAAGAUUGCCGCCAGCCGCCGCGAGGGAAAGAACCGGCGUGACGGCGCCACGGUCAGCACCCGCGUCAUGGCCUUGGCCGACUCCGUCGGCUCCCGUCUCUUUGACGAGGCCAUCCAGGCGGCCGCCCGCAAGGACGGCGCCCCGGUCCAGCUGACCGACGAGGAGGCCGUCAGCCUGCAGCGGUCCACUGGCCGCCAGAACCGUCGCCGUCGCCGCUCGUUUGACAGCCGGCAGGCAUCGAGGCUGUGA